AUGAAGCGAGCCGCUAGAGCGGGAGCGGGAGCCGUGGAGGAGGGCCCACCUGCCCGCCCUGCCCAGCAGCCGGUGCAGUGGCGGCUGCCGCAGGAGCAGCCGCCCGUUGCCUGGCACCUCUGCUGUUGCUAUGGCAACGGUGGAGCUUCCCACGUGAUUGAUCGGGAUGCGCCCUCGAUUUGCCCUGGAGGGAGGGCCCAGGAGUGCGUGUCAGGUCCUCACGUGGGGCCGGGGGGGGGGGCCCGCAGCGCCCCUGACCACCCGCCUCUCCCUCAGGUCUGGUGCCAUGCGCUAGGGCACCCCCCCACGCCGCGGAGCUGCACCCUCCUCGCUCCGGGAGUCACGCCGCCCUCUGCCCCACCAUGGCGGGGGGACCGGCUCCCACGGAAGGUGAUGGACGCCAGGAAGCUGGCUAGCCUGCUGCGCGGCGGGCCCGGGGGUCCUCUGGUCAUCGACAGCCGUUCCUUCGUGGAGUACAACAGCUGGCACGUGCUGAGCUCCGUCAACAUCUGCUGCUCCAAGCUGGUGAAGCGGCGGCUGCAGCAGGGCAAAGUGAGCAUCGCAGAGCUCAUCCAGCCAGCUGUGCGCAGCCAGGUGGAGAGCGCCGAGCCUCAGGACGUGGUGGUCUACGACCAGAGCACCCGGGACGCCAGCGUGCUGGCGGCAGACAGCUUCCUGUCCAUCCUGCUCAGCAAGCUGGACGGCUGCUUCGACAGCGUGGCCAUCCUCACAGGGGGCUUCGCCACCUUCUCCUCCUGCUUCCCCAGCCUCUGUGAAGGCAAGCCUGCCGCUCUGCCCUCCAUGAGCCUCUCCCAGCCCUGCCUGCCCGUCCCCAGUGUGGGCUUGACCCGAAUCCUGCCUCACCUCUACCUGGGCUCUCAGAAAGAUGUGCUGAACAAGGAUCUGAUGACCCAGAAUGGAAUAAGCUAUGUCCUCAAUGCCAGCAACUCCUGCCCCAAGCCGGACUUCAUCUGCGAGAGCCGCUUCAUGCGCAUUCCCAUCAACGACAACUACUGUGAAAAGCUGCUGCCCUGGCUGGACAAGUCCAUCGAGUUCAUCGAUAAAGCCAAGCUGUCCAGCUGCCAAGUCAUCGUCCACUGUCUGGCUGGCAUCUCCCGCUCUGCCACCAUCGCCAUCGCCUACAUCAUGAAGACCAUGGGCAUGUCCUCAGAUGACGCCUACAGGUUUGUGAAGGACCGGCGCCCCUCCAUUUCCCCCAACUUCAACUUCCUGGGUCAGCUGCUGGAGUACGAGCGGAGCCUGAAGCUGCUGGCGGUCCUGCAGGGGGACCCCGAGCCCCUCCCGGGCCCCGCUGCCGGGGUCCCCCCGCCCCGGCCGCCCCCAUCUACCUCAGAGAGAGCCGCCACCGGGAGCGCCGCGGCCGGGGCGGCCCAGGAGGGCGGCGGGGAGGCGGCCGCGGGCCCCCCGGCCACCAGCGCGCUGCAGCAGGGUCUGCGCGGCCUGCACCUCUCCGCCGACCGCCUGCAGGACACCAACCGCCUCAAGCGCUCCUUCUCCCUGGACAUCAAGUCGGCCUACGCCCCGCGCGGCCAGCCCGACUGCCCGGGGCCGCCCGACCCCGGCGAGGCCCCGAAGCUCUGCAAGUUGGACAGCCCGUCGGGGGGCGCGGCGGGCCUGCCCUCCCCGAGCCCGGCGGACAGCCCAAGCCCCAGCCCGGACGGCGCCCCGGAGACCCGGCCCCGGCCCCGCCGGCGUCCGCGGCCCCCGGCCGGCUCUCCCGCGCGCUCCCCCGCCGGGGCGCACGGCCUGAACUUCGGGGACGCGGCCCGGCAGACGCCGCGCCACGGCCUCUCGGCCCUGUCGGCGCCCGGGCUGCCGGGCCCCGGCCAGCCGUCCGGCCCCGGGGCCUGGGCGCCGCCCCUGGACUCCCCGGGCACGCCGUCCCCCGACGGGCCCUGGUGCUUCAGCCCCGAGGGCGCGCAGGGCGUCGGGGGCGCCCGGUUCUCGGCCUUCGGCCGGGCGGGCGCGCCGGGGCCCGGGCCCGGGAGCGGAGGCGGAGGCGGGGGCGACCCGCGGCGGCGGGAGGGGCGGGCCGAGCCCCGGGACGUGCGGACCGGCUGGGCCGAGGAGCCGGGCCCCGAGGCGCCGUUCAAGCGCCGCAGCUGCCAGAUGGAGUUCGAGGAAGGCAUGGCCGAGGGCCGCGCGCGCGGCGAGGAGCUGGCCGCCCUGGGCAAGCAGGCCAGCUUCUCGGGCAGCGUGGAGGUCAUCGAGGUGUCGUGACCGCGCCGGGCCACCGUGGGCGCCACGCCACGCCACGCCACGCCAAGAGGUAAACGGCGUCACCGGAGUUUCCGCGGAGAAGUCCACACUGCGAUUUUUUAAAUUUAUUUAAGCUGUUCAUCCUGGCUGUGAUCUGACGGCUGUGCGGGGCAGUCCUCCAGCUCUAUUUUUACUGUCUGGUAUUUAAGCUGAACUACACGUGUCUAAGCAAUAGGAGGCCACCCUCCGUCCCGAGCUGGGGUGCCGGACCCGGGCCCCUGCUUGCUUCCUCCCUCCCCGCCCCCCGGGGAGCGUGACUGACCUUGUGAAGAGCUACCCAGCUUUCCUGCACUUUUCACGUAAGAUAAAGGGGGGAAGGGGAAUUGAAACCGAGAGAAAGAAAACCUUUGCCACAACUGAGCCGCAGAACCUCCCUUCCUCUCCGUCCCCCCUCGUCUUCUCCCGCUUCCUUCUCGCCUGUCUCUGGCUCUGCACCAAAGCCAUAGGGAGGGGUAAGGUGGCCCUGCCGAGCUGCCUGAGUCCCCACUGCCGCCCCUCCCCUGAGCUCAGGGGCCCAGCCUGGGGGGGGGGGGGGCGCCCUUGCUGUCCUCUACCCCAGAGCUGUGCCCUGGCAGAUGUUGACGCACAGUGGCCCCAUGGGGCCAGGGAAUGUAGUGAAGGGGGCUCCUGAGAGUCAGGUGGCAUGGACCGCAGGACAGGAUGGGUGGAAAGGCCCCUUGCUCCUGCCCGAAGCAGGGUCCAGUCCCUCAGAAGGGCCCCGGGGGGGCCGUUCGGAGGAGGCCGCGUCCUUCUUCUCGUUCCUUGGCAGGCGUCCCCCGCAGCCCCCUGCCCGCAUGAAGCACAGGGAAAGCUUGCUCGGCCAGAGCGCCAGGCAGGCAGAGCAAGGCCAGCUCGUGCCAGCUCCCCAGGCCCAGGAACGGGGGGCGGGGGGGCAUGGAGCCAGGGCCUGGCCUAGGCUCUGCCCCAACCAGUGCCAGGCCCAGGCAGGACUUGGAGUCCAGGGGCACGUCAGGAGGUUGGGGUCUCCCUGGGCAAGCCUGCCUGGCUGAGGAGAGCCCGGUUAGCAGAGGAGGACUGUGGAAGCCUGCGUGUGCUAGAACGCCCCUUCGUCUGCCUGCUCUUCACGGGCCCCUCUGUGUGCCCUUUCCCGGAGCGAACGCCCAGAUCUUCACGGGGAUCUGCCAGCCCCUAGUCCACGUGGCAUUGCUGGCCCCGGAGGACCAACCUGGGAGUGCAGGCGGGAGAGAAGCCCGAGCCACCGUGCUUUCCGGGCGAGAAGGGUCCCGGAGCCUGCGUGGCUUGGGACCCAGGGCUUUGUGGGCUGGGGUGGAGGUCCCUGCUCCUCAGAUGUCUUAGAGUCUAGGGAUGGGGCCGUCACGUUGGGAAGAAGCUGGGGUGCCGUGGCGGGACUGGGUCCAUAAGCCGGGCUGGGGUGGGGCCGCCCUGCACCCCACUGCCUUCCCACUGUGUCCUUUGAUUUGUUCUUCUUUUGACCCACAGCCUUGUGUUCCCGUCACCCCUUCUUAAGCAAAGUCCCGUUCCCACUCUCUUCGUCCUACCCCCUGUUCUUUGAGAAAAUAAGCUAUCAUUGUUGUAUUUGCAAUCUAUGGAUUAGAGGUUUAAGUAUUUAUUAUUAUGGGUUAAUUAUUAUUAUUAUUAUUAAUUAUGUAAACUUGCCUCCUGUCUCUACGUUGGGUUUCUGAGGUGACCUGGGGUGUGGAGGACGCACUGGCUUCCCCCCUCCUCACCCUUCACCCCUCUGCUGUCCAGGAGACAGUGCCCGGGGACCACUGGUUGGGCCCCAAAUCUCUGGGGCGGGUCCUGCGGCCCCUCCCCUUCCUGGUGGAGGCUGACUGCUGUCCUGAGCACAGUGGGCUCUGCAGCCUCAACCUGUCUCUGCCCUUUCCACACCGGUCACCCCAAAAUGAACAGCCAAGACGGGAGAGGACGUCCAGUCUCAGCUGCCACCACCUCCUGUGUGCCGGGGGGGGGGGGGUGAGGCACACCAUCUCCCUGGUGGCUUUCCGCCCACUCUCCUAAUCGGGGGGAGGGCCGGGCAAGCCCUCCCCAAGCCUUUCCAGCCCCUCCUCCCCUCCCCCCCUCCGCCGGGCCACUGCCUGGCGUGGGGGUUGCCCAGAAUGGACCUGGCCCCUCCUGUUAUUGCUGGAAAGUCCAGCGGAGGAGAAGUGGCUGGUCCCCUGCCCCGGGCUCCUGGUCCCUGAGGACCGGGGUGCCGGCCCACCCGCCCCCCUCAGAGCCCUGCCCCCCGUGAGCCCAGCUGCACUUUCCUGUUCCCUCCUUUUGUAUUUGGAAACAACGUGUUGUAAUAAAUCCUCAGACAGAUGUUUUCCCCAGGUCUCCGCUGCCUC